CAGUCAUCCAGUCAUCAGAUUAGUUUCAACCUCCGAUCGGGCGGGUCAGAGAUCCGAAGUCUGUCGUCGUCGUCGUCAUCGUUGUCGCCGCAGUAGUUUGUGAUUGUGACGCUCGAUUCGCAACGAUUAGAGUUAUUCCGAAAACACGCAAUUUACAGCAGCACAAAAAAAGUUCAUUGUAAUUGAGAUCGAACGAAUUCCGAUGUGAGACAAAAAACGGUUAAUGAGAAAAGUGAAUGUGUUGAAAUAGUUUGAACCUGCAGAUACAAAAGCGUUCUUGCAAAGGAACUGGGUACGGAUGCAGUCGAAUAAAGAGAUAAGAAAAUAACGUGCCAACCAAUUUGCCAAAUCAAAGUUAACGAAGAAAAAGUGCACAAACUGAUGGUUCCGAAAAUUGUCAUGGCUCUUCUCGCGGGUUAGAAGAAAGCAAAGCUGUAUGUAAAUCGCCGAACGGUGCAUAAUAAGACAGAAGGAAAAUCUGCACUAAAAGCAAUCCAACGAAAUCGGUUCGAGACUAUUAUCGGCGCGCUUCCAAGAUGACCGUACCCGACACGAUGAACCCCGGUCCAGAGGUGGUCGAUCAGCUGCGGCAAAUGUUCAAGCAGAAAAUUGAACAAAAUGCGGCAAAAAUCCCUCCUGGAGGAUUCCAUGAGCAUGACAUGAACAAAGUUAUGGCAAACGAUGUAUGGUUAACCAAAUUUCUGGAGAACAAUGAUCUCGAUAUGAAUAAAUCCGUUGAACAGCUUUGGGAUACAUGCAUGUGGCGUAAAACAGAUAAAAUCAAUGAAAUCAGUGAAGACAAUAUCAGGUUAGAUUACGUUAAGGAUGGGGUCUUGUUUUCCCGGGGGAAAGACCUCGACGGAAAGGCACUGUUGAUUUAUCGGUCGAAAUUUUACACACGAGGAUCCCGCGAUUUGGACGAAAUGAAGCGAAUAUUCCUGUACUGGCUGGAACGAUGCAUACGGGAAGCUAACGAUGACUACAUAACCUUCAUGUUCGAACUUACCGACGCGGGUCUUAGUAACGUAGAUAUGGACCUAACAAAGCACAUAAUCACUACGUUGAAGAAUUACUAUCCAUUUUCCCUGAAUUACAUUCUAGUAUAUGAUCUUCCGUGGAUUCUCAACGCCACAUUCCAAAUCAUCAAAAGAUUGCUUCCUGCAAAGGCCGUUGAUAGAUUAAGAAACAUAAACAAUAAAACUAUUCGAGACUACAUCGACGAUGACAAUAUGCUCGUGCCAUGGGGUGGGAAGGAUGACUACGAAUUCCAUUUCGUCCCCGAAAAACGCCAGCUUCUUAACAACAACAGCAGCUACAUCAACCAUAACAAUAAUAACAUGAAAAAGGUUCACUUUGCAAAUCUUAACCCUUCAGAGUCUCCCAUGAACGAAUCGGCUAAAAUCAACCACGAGAACGCAGACGGAGAGAUGUUACGAAUAAUUCCCCAGAAUAAUAUCGUAUUCACGAAAUCCGGAAAUGAAUUGGUUGGGAAUGUUGAGAUCAUCAACAUCCACGUGGAACCUGUCACUUACAAGAUCAAAACGACGGCUCCGGAGAAGUUUCGAGUACGGCCAAGCACUGGGGUUCUAUCUCCGGGUGCCAAUGUGACGAUCAAUGUAGUCCUGCAGCAUGGUCACCAAAUCAUCGCCCUGAAUCGAGAGAAGUUUUUGGUGAUGUGUAUGGCGUUCACCAAUGAUUUGUCGACAAGCUCACAAGACUUGGCCGACUUAUGGAAGAACACUUCUCCGAGCAGUGCAACGGUUGAGCAACAUCGGCUCAAGUGUUCCAUGCCUGCCGCCAACAUGGAAGAGAGCACUCUGCGGAACGGAUUGCCCCUGCAUGUCGGAACUGGGGCUGGCGAUAUUUUCGGUGCCGGUGCUGGAUAUUCCGGCAGUGGCAGCGACAACCAGCUUUUGCAUUUCCAACAGGUCAUGGCCCAGCUGAACGAAACGACCCAACGGCUAGAAACGCAAGCAAAACACAAUCAGAGGACGCAGAUCAUAAGCAUUUUCGUGUUCUUGUUACUCUCCAUAGCCAUUGUGUACAUUCUGAAGGCUGAGAUCAAAAACUCGGUCUCGCAGUAUCAUUAAAGUUAGGGAUAGUGGGAUGUAGUGGAACGCAUUAUCGGGUGGAGUUUUUAUGUCUUAAACGAUAGCAUGCCUAAUUUUUCUGUCAGACAUAUACACCGUGGGCAUAUUGGCAACCUCUUUUUUCAUGUCGCGAACUUCUCUUUCGCAGAACCUUUCAUAUAGUGUUCCAGAUCAUAUCGAAUAUGUUUCAUCUAUUAAUAUCUGUUCACCACUUGUUUUGUUAUUCUGUCCUUAUAAUUGCAUGCUAAGUUUGGUAUGGCCCUGUUGAUCAUUAGUUUUUUUUUGUACAAAAUACUUUGAAGGCUUUUAAUUUAUUAUCUUAAGAUAUUUUUAGUUACUCAUUAUAAUUGUUUAGCGAGUUAGCGGAAUGUAUCACUUGAUAUAAUAUUAAAAAGCCUAGCUCAUAGAACAA